AUGUCGACAUUUCGUUUAGCUACAAUCAAUGUUCAUUCUUUUCUUGACUCAAAUUUUGAUAGUAAUAUUUCCGAUUUAUUAUCGAUUUUUGGAUCACUUAAUUUGGAUUUAAUUGCUGUUCAAGAAAUACAAGAUGAUGAUAAAUGGCAAAAAUUUUGUCAACAUCUUUCUUUACCUUAUUCUAUUUAUGGAUCAUGCGUUGAUAACUUUUUUGGUAAUGGUAUAGCAUCUCGUUAUCCAAUCAAAUCUCAUUCAAAUCAAGUAUCAUCAUUUUCAUGUCAAAUUGAUAGUAGACCUUUACUUCAAUGUCGUUUAACCGGUGAUCAUCAAUUUCUUAUUGAUCGAAUAUUUGCUGUAACACAUUUAGAUCAUUUAAACGACGAUGUUCGAUUAAAUCAAAUAAAAGAAUUUAAUCCAUAUGAACAAAAUAUUGAUAUUUUAAUGGGUGAUAUGAAUGCAUUAACAAGAGAAGAUUAUUCAGAUGAUUACUAUCAAGAUAAAAUUAUUGAAAUACGACAAAAAUCUCAAUGGGAAAAACGUCGUUUUGAUUUGACAAAUUUAAUAAGACAUGAAUGGAAUUAUGAAGAUGCUUUUAAAUUAAUAAAUCCAACAUUAAAAAAUAAACAAAUAUCAACAUG